AAUAACAAGAAUUGCGGUACGCUUUGUUUAAAAACAUUAGUAAACAACAAACACGGUGAAUCGAUUAAUACAUGUGUAAAAACAAUUAGUAGCAGAAUGGCAUCUGCACAGGACAGGAUGAAAGUAAAACGUGUUCCGUACGAUACAUGGAGCACCAGAGAGCAACUGUGCUUGGCCGCAAGUGUAUUGAAUUCUGGGGAGAAUGUUCAGAAUUGGAAAGCCGUGUCUGAAUCUUUGGAGCCGUUUGCUGAAAAAGAAGCGUUGCGACCGCCUGACUGGUUCUCACAAAAGUCCUGUGCCGUUCAAUAUUCGCAUUUAUUGGAAACGGCGGAUACUCCGAAAAGGAAAAAAAGAGAAAGCGGAGAAACGCAAGCUGAAUCUAUAGUAAAUCGAUUAACACAGGAAAGAAUUGCGGAACUGAAGCAAAUUCUCGCCUUUCAAAGAGACGAAUAUCAGCAGCUUAAAGCUGAAGUAAACCUUUUGAAAUGUGGCCCUUUAUCCGACGACAAGCUGCAAAAAAUGUGGCAAGUCAUAGAGCAAGAAGAACGGGAACAGGAGCAAAAAGUUAGAGCGUACGCCGCAUGGCUGACGAAACGACAGCAAAAGCAAGAAUCUAUGGUAACGCAGUCAGCGCCUAUCCCACGAAAGGCGGGAGACGGUACGACGGAUAAUAACGAUGCUUCUGUAUUAGAUUCAUCGAAUAACGACGAGGAUGAAAAGAAACGAGGCGGCAGAUCGCCUCUACUGACAAGCUUAUUAAAGUCCACCAGCCCAACGACUCAAGUACAAACACCACCAACGCCGACAAAAGCUAGCUCCCCUACCAUAGCCAGCCUCUUAGUUUCGAGUCCAAAGGUCCCGAGUUCCCAGUUAGAUCGUGGUUUAGCACAAAACGUUUCUUCCCAAUUGCAGCAGUUGGUCUCCACCGCGAUAGCAAACGCGCCAUCCGAAAGACCUUCGGCUGGGGCGCCGACACUUUCGAUGCUCUUGGAAUUGCCGGCGAAUCCACAGCGAGGACCGUUACCAAACUUGCAAUCGUCGUCUGCGAUUAUAACGCAGCCUAGUAUGCCUCCCGAAAUUCAUUCUCCUCUACCGACCAACGCACCCAUGACAUCUGAAAGUGUUCUGCAAGCAAUAAAUCCUCCGACUACGGUACCGGUGUCUCAGAAUAUCCCGGUAACGGAGAGUAUGGUACAGAUAAUAGACCAUAUAGACGAAGUUAUUGGCAAGGAUAUAAUGGCCGAUGUUAUUGACAAAGAUGAAAUAAACGAAAUCAUUGGAGAUAUUGAGGAGCUGAUCAAAGAGGAGAUCACUUCAAGUCCAAGAACGAACGAAACCCCACCAGCGACUGCCGUUGUGGAAACGUUGACUGCACAAGCGGUCCAAGAAACUGUCCCAGAGCGUCCUGAACCUCGCCCAAAACCUCGCCCAGAACCUCGGAACGUCGAUGAGCCGGUAUCAUUGUCGGAUUCACCUGAGAGUGAAAUAGCAAUAGAAGAGAUCGAUUCGAGCACGUCAAAUAUCGCGGAAAUUAUUGGAACUGUAGCUGUAGAGUCUACGGAGUCGAAAAUAAUGGUCACUUGCGAGUCGCCGAAGGUCGAGGAGAAAGCCAAAUCUGAAGCUGGAGAUGCGGACGAGGAAAACAUGGAUAACGAAUCGUUACCAGAGGAACUUCAGAAUUCUCCUUACGAAAGAGAAGAUACUACUGAAGAAGUGGAAUUGAGUCCCAAAAGCGAAUGUAAAGAGUCUGAAAACAACGAAAACACGCCGGCGGAUACCAAAGGGUCGGAAGACCGGAAUACGGAGAAGAGCGCCACACCAGAGGUGACUGAAGACGUGGUAAAGGAGGAAACUGACCUCGUCGAGGUUGAUAAGGAAACAACAAGUGACAGUACAAGCGACGAGAAAGAGCCUGUUCAGGAACCGGAGAUUAAGCAAGAACCGCAACUAGAUCAACUGGAAAUGGAUCUUGCUGAGAUAACCGGAGACCCACAAGACAAAUCAGCUGAAGCAGCACCUGCCAGCGUAUCGUCCGAAACUACAAACGACGGCGCUAGCGCAGAGGAAGCGGAGAAGUCUCAGGACAUUAGUUUGAUUUUAGAAGAUGACGAAAGCUCGCAAGGUUCGCAAAACAAGGACAAAACAUCGCCUCAAGAACCGGUAUUAGACAUAGUGGACACUUUUGAGUCGUGUCCUGAGGAAUCUACCGUUUCAACCGAGGAGGAACCUGAUGUGGUGGUAAAAGUUACAGAGAAUGUGCCAAUCGUCAUGGACGAAUCGACAACUGAGUCCAAAGACAAUGUUUCGGAAGAAACUGAAAAGGAAGACGACAAGAAGGAGAUCUUUAAAGAUUCUAUCGACGCGAUAGUUCAUCAAGUUGGCGACACGGAGAUGAAAGUAGGGGACACAUGUGGGACUGAUGCAAAUCCUUCUGCCAUACCGGAAGCGGUGGUCGUUGUAAAAGAAGAAGCCGCAGACGUUCCAGAACCGACGAAGACCGAGGAGCCAACUUUGAAAGAGGAGGUGGACGAAACAGUUAUUGAGAAAAUUGUGGAAGCAGAAAAACAAACCAAAGUUAAAGUUGAAAUUGAGGCAGAAUCUGUUACGGAGAAGAAAGACGAGGUGGCAAAAGACAGCGAAAUGCCAGAGGAUAAACCAGAAAUGAAAGAAUCCUUGGAACCUGAAUCGGAUAUAAAAAAAGAGCCGGUUACGGGAAUCACAGAUGAUGGAGACCUUGACGAGGAAGAAUCUUCGUUGAGUAAAUUGAGCGGUGGUCGCACUAUGAAAACGUAUUCCAAAAGGCCAGUUGUUACGAUAGACAGUGAACCAGAGAACGAAGGAAGCGGGGAAGGCGCCGAUUAUCGUGCUUGGAAAAAAGCUGUUAUGCUGGUAUUUAAUAGACUCGUUACACACAAAUAUGCGUCUGUAUUUCUGAGGCCCAUUACGGAAGAUCAAGCGCCGGGUUAUCAUUCGGUUAUUUUUCGUCCCAUGGAUUUGUCCACCAUUAAAAAGAACAUUGACAACGGAACGAUCAGGUCUACAAUGCAUUUUCAGCGAGAUGUUAUGCUGAUGUUCCAAAACGCCAUUAUGUACAACAAACAGGAUACAUUUGUCUACAAAAUGGCUGUUUCCAUGCAAGAAGAAUGCUUGCAACACAUGCAGAUAUUAGUACAAGUCACUGGCGAGGGACCGUUUAGAAGAGAAACAAGAACAGCUGCUAACAGUAGUAGCGAUUUUGGUGAUUCGUCUGCAAAACCGCAGCGAAAAAGAAGUCACAUAACUCCUAGUCCACAUGACUCUGACAGCGCACGUACUAAGAAACGAAGAAAAUCGGAAAAUGAUUAAUACUUUCAAACAGUCAAAUGCCAAUCUGUUUUCUGAUAAAGUUUCACGUAUAACGUGUUCAAAUUCACUUCACCAACUUGUGGACAGAGUUACUAGUUUGUGGCCAAGACUCUGUUGAAGCUAC